ACAACCAGGUCGCAGGCAGUUCAAGCCCGAACAGAGACGGGGAAGCAAACAAAUCGGUCGAUCAGAAAUAUUUACUUUCUUCGUUUCGUGAUUGGUAGUGAUUGUUGUGUUUAAAUUUUCAACAGUGCCACCGAAGGGUAACCCCGUAACCUACUAUUGAGAUUAAACCGAACCCGUGUGUUAAAGCAAUGACAGUAUGGCGCUAAGAGUGACGCGAAAAUGUUUAGUCUAUUCGGUGGUGGCAGUGAUCGUCGGAGCUGCGGUGCUCGCUACGGCUCUAGUGCUGAUCCUGCGGGACGACGAAGAGAUCAUGAAGAGCUACAAGUUCGGCAGCAGGGAUUUGGUGAUCCAGCUGGAGGAACAACCCGACCAUCGGUACGUGCUCAGUUUGAUCAGAGAUGGCAUCUCAGUUCAGCGAAUCACCCUGGACCAUGACUUCACCGACGAUUCGGAGAUCGAAACUAUCCCUCGCGGUCUCCGCCUGGACGGCAAUGGGCAACGUAUUGAAAUCAAAGACAUCGAAGAUACAACAGAAUUUUCGAUGAUCAGCAUUACGCGAACGCUCCGCACCGGUCAGAUCGUGUCGGACCUGAUCCAUACCAACGGAAAGUUGAAGGAUCGGGAGAUUCAGUGGUACGGUGGACCGGAACAAAUGGAACAAUUCUACCCGAUUCAACGGUUGCGCUUCGAAGAUUACGCCUAUGUACCUAAGGAGUUGCACAGUGCGGCGAUCGUGGAGCGAUAUUGGCUGAACUCCGCUGGAGUAUUUUUCUACGUAGAGAAAGAGGUUCCCUUGUUUAUCGAUCAAGAUGAGGAAUCGCUACGGUUGACUGCGAAGAAAGAGUUGCCCUACUACACGUACGACGAGUCGUUUGUAUUCAACUAUCGGAUCGGAGUGGCUAAGGAUGUGAAAGAAGCUCACCUCAAGGCGGUCGAUAAGGUGUUGAACAAGCCAGUCGACAUACCCGAUGAACGUAUGGUGCGGCAUCCAAUUUGGUCGACCUGGGUACGGUACAGGAGACCGAUCAAUCAACAGACGGUGUUGGACUUUGCCAAGGAAAUCAAUGAUUACGGGUUCAAGAACGCACAACUGGACAUCGAUGACUUCUGGGAGAACUGCUACGGGUCGUUGGUCUUCAAUUCAUUAACAUUUCCGAAUGUAACCGAGUUGACGGAGCAGCUGAAGGAGAUGGGUUUUCGAGUAACACUUUGGAUUCAUCCGUUCAUCAACAAGAACUGCCAGCCAUGGUACACGGAGGCGCUGACUAAAGGGUUCUUAGUAAAAUCGCACAACGAGAGCAUUGGUUACAACACCAAGUGGUGGAACAGCGGAGAGGACGAAGCUUCGUACAUCAAUUUCAACAACCACGGAGCAGUGGAAUGGUUCCGACAGCGACUCGUUGAAUUACGGGAGCAAGGAAUCGAUAGUUUCAAGUUCGACGCCGGUGAAACCAGUUGGGCCCCGGUGGAUCCUGAUGUGGAAGGACCGAAGGCCCUGCUACCGGCGAGUAUGACCACGAGCUUCGUGCGAAUGUGUGCCGAGUUUGGGCCGAUGAUCGAGAUUCGAACCGGGUGGGCUACGCAAGACUUGCCGGUAUUUGUGAGGAUGCUCGACUUCGACACUCGCUGGGGUAGGAACAAUGGGCUGCAAUCGCUAAUUCCGACCUUGCUGCAGAUGAAUCUGAACGGAUACGCGUUCGUGCUGCCGGACAUGAUCGGCGGGAAUAUGUACGGCAGCGACAUACUAACGAAGGAGCUGUUCAUCCGAUGGUUGCAGGCGAAUACCUUUAUGCCGAGUAUGCAGUUUUCCAAGACUCCGUGGGAAAUUGAUGAUGAGAGUGUCACUAUAACGAAGCGCUUCACGAUGCUACACGAGGAAUACUCCGAUUACAUACUGCAACGGAUGCGUCUGGCAGUGGCGGAAGGCACCCCCGUCAACCCACCUAUCUGGUGGCUCGAUCCGGAAGAUGAAGAGGCUCUGAAAAUUAGCGAUGAGUACCUGCUCGGGGAGGACAUUCUGGUGGCUCCGGUCCUGACGGAAUUUGCCACAAAGCGAGACAUUUAUCUACCAAAAGGCACGUGGCGGGAUGGGAACACCAACCAAGUAUACGAAGGCGGUCGAUGGUUUUACAACCAUCUGGCCCCGAUGGAUACGCUGCCGUACUUCAUCAAGACUACGUUCCAAAUGCGAUAGUAGAAAAGUUCAGUUCGAAAUUCGUGUGAUAAGCAGUGAUCAAGAGUCAAGUAUUUUCUGAAGCUGU